AUGCAAUAUUUCUUCUUCCGAAAAAAUCACGAGGACUACUUCGAAACGUUGCGGGAAAAAACGAAGAUGUACGGACACGUCUACGGUACGUACCAGGGCUUGAAGCCUGUCCUUCGAAUUUCGUCUCGAGAACACAUCAAAGAAGCACUCUCGCAAAAAUUCUACCUCGCCUUCGAAAAAACCAUGGCUGUGAAAACAGGCUCCGAGCUCUGGGACAACGACAUAUAUAACGCGGACUAUAAAACGUGGAGAAAGUACCGACCUUUGAGUAGUCAUGUACUGACAGGACUGAAACUCCGGGCGAUGAAGUCCAAACUCGAGCGAGUUGCCAAUCGCUUGGCCGCGAAACUGCAGCGACUCGCUCAGAAUAAUGCGCAGAUGCCCACCAAGACCUACGCUCAAGGAGCAGUGAUGGACGCUGUGGCAGCUGUCAGUUUCAGUUUGGAAGUAGACGCGCUUGAGGAUCCUCAUAACCCUUUCGUCAAGCACAGCACAGGUCUCUUCGACGGUUGUCUGGGCUUGACUGUUUUGACAGCUUUCCCGCAUAUGCUCGAAAAUUUGCCCUUCGUUCAAUUCCCGUCGGUAUCGACCGAGAGAUUCUUCAUGGAUUUUGCGCUUGACCUAUUGAGGAAACGCCGAAAAGAAAGUCGAAAACGGGACGAUCCGGACGCGCUGGACGCCUGGCUCGAAGUUCAGACGACGAAUCCCGAUCUGACUGACGCCAUGAUGAUAUCGCAAAUGUUCGUUUUCCUCACAGCGGGUUACGAGACUUCUGCUUACGUUCUGAUGUACGUUCUGUAUCUAUUGGCAACCCAUCCGAAAACGCAGGAGAAUAUCUUCCGAGAUAUUGAGGACAACAUUUCCGAUGGAGAUAGCAUCACUUUCGAGCAAUAUCACAAGAUGAAACUCCUCGAAGCCGCCAUCUACGAAACACUGAGACUGUAUCCCACGGAUCACGCCAUCGAUCGUGUCACAGUCUCUUCGUGUACCAUUGCAGGAGUUCCUCUAGACCCGCACGUUGGUAUCCAAGUCCCGCUGAGCAGCGUCCACAUGGAUCCCGAACGUUUUCCGGAGCCGACGAAAUUCAGACCGGAGAGAUUCCUGGAUGGCGGUGGAAAUGUGGACGAUAUGGUAGCCUUCGGCGAUGGACCGCGAAAAUGUGUCGGGCAACGUCUCGCCAUUUUCCAGAUGCUCGUCCUAUUGGUAGCCUUCCUUCGGGUGGUGCGCCUAGAGCCAGCAGACGAUGAUGAGUUCUUCGAUCCUUCGCUCGAAUACCAGUCAGAGAUCGAGCGAGUUCCGGGGCAAAUAUUCAUGCCUUUUCCAAAGCGGGAGUUGAAGAUUAAACUCGCGCCGAGGAAGUCCGUUCGCACAGAGUGA